GGAGAAACUAAGGGAGAGCACACACUUUGCCUAAACAGAGGAGGAGCUGGAGGAGAUCAUCAUGCGGUGCUGGAAUGCAAUGACAUCACCGCUGCAUGAUGCCGCGCUGUUCAUGGAUCCGGCGUACAGAGCGUCGCAACCAGAAACGGAUGCAGAGGUUGCUGAUGGGUUUUGGACAUGGGUUUCCUCUUGGUGCAAAGAGCCUUCGUAUGUUGAGGUCGACGCAGAGGUUUGUUCUUGGAUCGAGGGCACCGGGAGGCAUACUUGUGAAGUCGCAAGGACACAAGCUCGUCUGAUGCAGCCAGUGAGGUGGUGGAGGAAGUGGUGCAGUGACAUGCCCAUCCUCCAGAAGCAAGCCGUUCAUCUGCUUGGACAAGUGUCCGCCUCCUCUUGUUGUGAGAGGAACUGGAGCUUGUUUGAACGAAUUCAUAGCCGUCUUUGUAACAACCUCGGCGCCAUCAAGCUUAGCACACUGGUUUUCAUCAGAUGGAACCAGCGUUUGUUGGAUGCCUUGAUUAAGAAGCCGAAGACUGAUAAGGCUUCUACAAAAUGGGAAAUGGACGAACCGGUGGAAGAUCUCACACGGGAUGAGAUGGCCGCGGAUGCGCGAUUGUGGUUGGCGGAAAGACGUGGCCGGCUGCACAGAAUAGAGCCGGUUGGUGAUGCAGGUGAGAACGAUGACUCAGGCUCCGACGACUAUGACGACAUUCCCGUUCAAGCACCGCAAACGCCUGCUCCAGAGGAGGUCACAAUCCAACGUCAUCGGUUGCGCAACAAUCUGCUUGAGCUCGAGAGGGAGCUCAACAGCCUCAACGAGUCAUGGAGGAACGCCACAAAGGCUUCCAAGUUUCUGGCCCGACAACGUUUGCAUGAGUUGGAUCAGGCCACGAGGAGCAUGACUGUCGAGGGUGUGGAAGGUGGCAAUUUGGCAGGAGGUCCAGCACCAGCACAUGGCACAAGAAAGCGAGGACGGCUGCAGAAAGAGUCCGUGCAAGAGGAGGAGGCUGCAACUCAAGGGGGCACAGGUGAUGAGGAGGUUGGGGACGUGGAAGGUGGCAAUUUGGCAGGAGGUCCUGCACCCGCACAUGUCAGAAGAAAGCGGGGACGACCGCAGAAGGAGCCCGUGCAAGAGGUGGAGGAAGCAGCGCGAAAAGUGACAAGCACCGAUGAAAGUGGUGGCUGUGGUGAUGAAAAUGAUGGAAGCAGCAACGAAAGUGAUGGCAGUGGCGAUGGCCGUCACAGGAGUGGCGAUGGCCGUCACAGGAGUGGCGAUCGCGAUGGGACUGAUGGCAGUAGCGAGGAGGAUGAAAGCGAAGGUGACGAGAAAGAUGGUCAUGAGGGGAGUGGCGGCAGCGACGGGACUGAUGGCAGUGGCAAGGAGGAUGAAAGCGAAGGCGACGAGAAAGAUGGCAGUUCGUCGGAGCAGGGCGACUCUGAAUCAGAACCCUUGUACGAUUUUUGCACCUGAAUUAUCAGACAGGAUUUGAACCUGUGACCUUCAACUGAGAAGGUUGUUGCUCUAUCCAGCUGAGCUAAGAAUGCAACUCACCCAAAAGAGUCAACGCAGCCGCCACAACAGAACAAGAAGCUUAUUUUAUUUAUGUAUGCGCUCAUCCACGCGUCCCCCCGGACGCGGGGGUGGGGUUAGUGUCUUAUUGGCCGCCUGACCUGACUGUUGUUGCCUUUAAUUCAAAACAUCUAAAUCUAUAUGGUAUGGAAAUUGAAUUUGUUGAGGUUCAUAUAACAAAACAGCCAUCAAUGC